AUGGAGGGCAGCUGGAGAGGCAUCCCGGCCAUGCUGGUCGUCCUGGCGGGGCUGGCAGUUAUAGGGGAGUUGCUCAUUCCCAGAGGCAACCUUAUAGUCCCUGAGGAUAAACCCUGUAAUGUGACUUGCCAUGCAUUGGGCUGGAUCCCUCUCCCGGAUAUUUCCUGGGAGAUCGGUGUUCCGGUGAGCCACUCAAGCAAUUAUUCUGGUCCAGAGCCUGACGACCUCCAAAGCGCAGUGAGCAUCUUGACUCUCACACCACAGGGCAAUGGGACUCUGACUUGCCUGGCUAACAUGAAGGGCCUGAAUGCCCACAAGUCUGUAACUGUGAAUCUUACUGUGGUUCAGCCUUCUUGGGGCAGCAUUGAUAAAGCAGGUACAUCCUUGCCUACCUGGGCCAUAGCUCUGCUGACAGUAUCUUUGUCAUUGCUUUUGAUCCUGAUAAUUGUUCUGAUUAUAAUAUUCUGCUGUUGCUGUGUCUCCAGGCAAGAGAAAAAAGAAUCUAGUUAUCAAAGUGAAAUAAGGAAAUCUGCAAGCAUGAAGACAAACAAAGAAACUUUGGAGACAAACAUAAAAAGUGGGAGUGAAAACAACGCCUACAGCCCAGAUGAGCCCAGGAUGGCCAAGCUUGCUUCUCUCGCUUCAGAGUCCUCUGAAUCCAGUGUUCGGGAACAACACAGAAAUAGGCAACCUUAUCAGGCCUCAACUCCCUGCCAGUCAAUUUUUCUGUUUAUUUUGGGCAACUCUGCUUCUUUCUCUCCCAAGCCUGUCAGUUUUGAAGGGUGUGUGCAUGAACGACUUGAAACGUGGAUCAAGUCUUCCCCGCUAAUCACCACUCUCCCGAAAUAAACAGAAAUACAACCUUAAUAAAUUUAGAAAACGGCAACGCAUUUGCGCAGCCCAGCAGGGAAAACCAAAGGCAAACAACAACUGCAAAAACGUCAAAGCAUUUUCACAGCAGAAGCCCGGUUCUUAGAGCACGGUGGUGAGGUGGCUCCAGCAGGCUCUUGUUCUUCCUGCAUGACUGGGACUCAUUAGGUUAAGACCUCGAGCCAGAGUGAUUUUAUCCUCAAGACUU